AUGACAUCAUCACACGGUUUUCAUCCAUACCACCUAGUUGAUAUAAGCCCUUGGCCUUUAACCGGAUCUAUUAGAGCAAUAAUACUUACAACAGGUUUAAUUAAAUGAUUUCAUCAAUAUAAUAUAAAUCUUUUAAUUUUAAGAAUUUUUGCUAUUUUACUUACUAUAUAUCAAUGAUGACGUGAUAUUACACGAGAAGGUACUUUCCAAGGCCUUCAUACUUCUGUUGUGAUCAAAGGUUUACGGUGAGGUAUAAUUCUUUUCAUUGCUUCAGAAGUAUUGUUCUUUUUCUCUUUCUUCUGAGCUUUUUUCCACAGUAGACUUGCUCCUACAAUUGAAAUUGGAAUGAACUGACCUCCCUAUGGUAUUCAACCAUUCAACCCCUUUCAAAUUCCUCUUCUUAAUACUACUAUUCUCCUAUCUUCCGGAGCCACAGUAACUUGAGCCCAUCACGCUAUUAUGGAAGCUAAUCAUACUCAAGCUAUUCAGAGACUAGGACUAACAAUUUUAUUAGGAUUUUAUUUUACUCUUCUUCAAGCUUUCGAGUAUAUUGAAGCCCCUUUUACUAUUGCAGAUUCAGUCUUUGGUUCAACUUUUUUCGUUGCUACAGGAUUUCAUGGAUUACAUGUUAUUAUUGGAACUUCAUUUUUACUAAUCUGUUUCCUACGCAUAUUUUUUUGCCAUUUUUCUUCUAAUCAUCACGUAGGAUUUGAAGCAGCCGCAUGAUACUGACAUUUCGUUGAUGUAGUUUGAUUAUUCCUUUAUGUAUUCAUUUAUUGAUGAGGAGGUUAA